UAUAUAAAGUUUACAGAAGGACCCGGCUGUUACCCAAGUAACAAGUCAAACUGACAAGAAUAGGUCAGGUUUGGAUGAUUACAAUCCUUUUGCUGGUCAGUCAAACAGAACCAAUUCACAGCCUUCUCAGUUGGGAGGAAAUCCUCCUCAGUACCAACCUCAGUCAACGAAUUCAGAAUCUCCCAACCAGUCGGCAGUGAUGCAACCAGUGACGGAACCUCCACCUGCUUAUUCUCCCACUACUACUCAAUCCAUCAACACCCAAGAACUUCAGAGGAGGCAGGAGGAAUUAGAAAGGAAGGCAGCUGAGCUUCAAGCCAAAGAGGAGGCACUACGCAGUGCACCUUAUAAUGCUCGAGCAAAUAACUGGCCACCACUUCCACAGAAGUUUUGUGUAGGACCUUGUUUUUAUCAGGAUAUUUCGGUCGAUAUUCCUCUAGAGUUUCAGAAGCUCGUCAAAAGUGUUUACUACGUAUGGAUAUUUUAUUCUUGUCUUCUGUUCCUGAAUAUGCUGGGGGCUCUUGCCCUGUUAGUGGUCUAUGGUGAAGGAACAACCUUUGGAUUUUCCCUUCUGGCUUUUAUUCUGUUCACUCCGUUGUCAUUUUUAUGUUGGUUCCGCCCACUCUACAAGGCCUUCAGGAGUGAUAGCUCUUUCAACUUCAUGGUUUUCUUUUUUGUGUUUUUCUUUCAACUGUUGCUUGCUGGAUUGUACUCUGUUGGGAUCCCGGACACUGGAGCAUGUGGUUUUGUGAAUGGCAUUGGUGCACUGAGAACACCCCCUAUUACACUAAGCAGCUAUGCUGUUGGUGGAAUUGUCUUGAUCAUUGGAUUCUUGUGGGGACUCGCUGCUCUAAUGAUAGGAUUUAUGCUGCUGAAGGUGCAUCGUAUUUAUCGUAACACUGGUGCAAGCUUUGCUAAAGCUCAACAAGAGUUUGCCCAAGGAGUUCUCCAUAAUGAACAUGUUCAGUCAGCAGCUGCUGGAGCUGCCCAAACUGCAAUUAACCAGUCUUAUGGUGGUGGGGUCCGAUACUAGGUGAUAGUUCUCUGUAUGACAAACCAGGAACAUUUGAAAAUAACUGGCCAUGAAACGUAGGUGAUGUAGAUGUAAGUGAAAAUAAUAGAUGUUUGAAGGCUUGUUUUAAUUGAGACUACAAUGAAAAUGAUGAUGAAUCUCAAAAACAGGACAGUUUUCUAGACAUGCUGGGGAUUGAAAAAUACAAUAUUGAAGUUUAAAUCACUUUACUGAAAAAUAAUUCAAAUUAUUUUGUUUUAAAUGGAUAUACCAUUUUUAUUAUUAAUUUAAGAGUGUGAAAGAAAUUGUUUCAAUACAGCAAGUGUUCAGCUCCAGGGUGAGUUAUAUAAACCGAAAGGUUAAAUAAAACACUAAAAAUCACUUCCUACAGCGUUUAGUUAUUACAAAGUUAAGCAUUUAAGAUAGGCGCAAUUAUACGAUUAGUUUAACAGUUUAAUGUGUAUUGAAUAACGGUAAGUAAUUUUAGUUACUUUUAUUAGUAGGCUGGUAUUUAAAAGUUACCUUAAAUUAAUACAACGUGUUCUCAAUAAUUUUUUUUUUAAAUGAGUCAUUUGUUUAUGACUAAAUAAUUUCAAGAUGGCGGAAGAUUUUGUAAGUUUUAGCUACAGCUUCUUGUGUUUUACUCAUUUUAAUAAUAAACUCUUUUUUUUGCACAUUUUAUCAAACUAUUUUAUCUAUUAUAAUAUAGUAUCAAGGAGUCUAAUAAUAACUGUUUAUAUCUAAAACAAUGUUUUUUUGUUGGUGAACCAAAAAGAUCCAAAUUCUCUUUAGAUACAUACCUUUGCUGUAGAACUCUUCUUAGCUAGUUACUGUGUUUGAAGUACUUUUGACGUAAUGUUAGUUUCUUUAAUCUUACUAUGUAAUAGUGUGUAUUAUUUGGAAAGAAUGGAUAAGAGCUAUUUAAGGUACCAUUUCUCUUAACACAAUUCUUUAUCUAUGUAAUGCAUUUACAAUUAUAUACAUUAUUUGUCAUUACCACAUGUGAUUUUGUGUGCUUAUAUCUUAAGGUGAGAUAGAUCUGAAUCUAUUGAAAGGAUUUCUUUAUUCUGUGUAAAGUAGCAGCUUAAAGUACUAAUGGUACUGUGAUGUGUGUUCAUUCCUGAUUAUGAGCAUAUUUUUUAUUUAUUUGUUCUUGUGUAAUUUUUUAAGAACUGUACUUAGAAAAAGAAAAUGUGAGCUGUAGUGUAUAUUAAAGUUUACUAAACCAAAAUCAGAUAUGUGACUGUUAUUUAAAGGUUGUGUUACUACAGUUAAACUGCAGUGUAUAUUAAAGUUUACUAAACCAAAAUCAGAUACGUGACUGUUAUUUAAAGGUUGUGUUACUACAGUUAAACCUAAAUACUACUAAAGUUUUUAGCCCUCUGGUUGUCAUUAUGGUAUUCAGUUGUUUUUACACAUUACUUGAGUAUAUUAUUUGUUGAAACCAACCAAAUUAUCCUAAUUGUUUUGUGCAAAAACAUGUAGUGAAAUGAAAAACUUAAACAAUGAAUUGCUGAAUAUGUGUGUGUGGGGGGUUGGGGUGUUUUUCAUUUCUUGAUAAACUAUAAACUGGUGUAAAGUGCUAUUCAUUUUUUACUGUAAGUACUUUAUUUAAGGUAAUUCAUUAGAAAAUUUUUUUACUAAAAUUACAAAAGCUUUGGCUGUAAAAAAUACAAAGCAAUUGAAUUAAAAAUAUCACUAUUCAAAUACCAACUUGUAUGUUAUUUUACAAUAAAUAUGGGGGGGGGGGUGUUUUUCAUUUCUUGAUAAACUAUAAACUGGUGUAAAGUGCUAUUCAUUUUUUACUGUAAGUACUUUAUUGAAGGUAAUUAGUACAGUUAAUCAGAAUUAUACUUAAAGGAUAUUUUCAGUUAACUUAAGUUUAUUGGGUAAGACGCCCUUGAGGACCCCCCUAACCCACCCCGAAGAGUACUAGUUCUUUUCAACCAGAGCUUAUUGUAGAUAAGAAUAUACAGUUUUGUAAGUUAUUCAGUUCUAAUGACAUUUAUGAGAAAGGUAUAAAACUUGAAAUUGUCAAAAAUAAUCAUAAUUUAUAUAUUUUAAAUGUAAAGAUAGUGUUCAAAAUUUAAAAAAAACAACUAUAAAAGCUUCUGAAAUUUAUACAUAUGAACUAUCUCUAUAAUCUUUUAAGGGUUAAGGGAAUAUUUUUGCAUAUUUUUUUUUUCUUUAUUACAAGAAAACAGUAAAACAUUUAAAAUUUCUGCCAAGUAUAAAUGAGAUUCUUUUGUGUGCACUGUGUUCUUUGGCAUUGUGAUGUUUAUUCCUGACUCCGAGUCUUGCAGAAUUACAUCUUAAUGGUGGGGGUCUUGGUUAGCUGAUGAAAUACACAGAUAUAACAUAGAGAGAUUUUUCAGUAUUGGUUUCUGCUUUAGCUCGAGGUUUGUCAGCAUCUCGAUUUGUGUACUACAGAUCUUGUCAUGUUGCAUAUAAAUGCUUCCUUGUUGAUGAAAAUUGAGUAGAGGCUUCCCAUUAGCUGUGCCCAGUAAUGUUUUUUGGUCUUAUUACAUAAUUUUACUUGUUCCAUAGCACAUAAUAUAGAGCCAUACUUACCAUGUCUGUAAUGUGUAAGUGUCAUCACCAGAUUCAUUUUAUAACAUUGAGACUUUUUUUGAAGUUAUUCACAGUUAUUAGGAAUAUGAUAUGUUUUACUAUGAGUUAUUGAUAUAUGUUACUUUGGGAAGUAAUAACCAUGUGGAUGUAGAUUUGUAAUCCUUUGUCAGAUCCUUAACCCUUUCAUUGCUCAGGUUGAUGUGGGUGGAAAAAAAACUACACCCCAUGUGCAAAAAAAAAAAAGUCAAAACACCAAAAAGUCAUAUAAUGACCUCUCUGUAUGUAGGCUUGGUGGUGUGAGGAAGGAGGUCAGUUAGUUUUAAGGCAUCCCUCACUGACCACAAAAUAAGAUGAGAGGGCAAAGAGGACUUGUUUUUUUUUACAGAUGUGGUGUUGCUCUCCUCUUAUCUCACGCACUAGCACAGUGUUGUUAACACAACACUGUUGUGAAUAACACAACUGUACUGUAGAAAUAUUAUACUUAUCACACUAAUAUACAUCACUAAAACUGCUGUAUAAAUGCUUAAUGUUUACGCUAUAUACAUUUUUUUCUGCCAUGUUUAGGUGUUGGGGUGACAUCUAUAGAUCACUGGUAUAACCAAAUAUUGGGAAAAACCUAAAACAUCCUAUGAUGUGCAGAGCAGUGAAAGGAUUAAGGAUAACAUCAGCAUCCUUUUAACAUUUGCUUUUUCUAGUUUGAUGCUUAUUAACUACAAAGCUUAAAAUAUAUUCAAAUUUUAAAAUCUGGUUGUGAAUGUUUUUUUUUUGUAUGGGUUAUGAAUCUUUAGAAGGUGAAAUAACUGCAAUGGGUUACCCAAAUUGAAAUUACUAGGUUUUUUUUACAUUUCUGGAAAGGGUUAAAUCGGAAAUACUAGUUUGUUUGGUAAAAGUUAGGGUGGAAAUGUUUUUUUUUUAUUUGUUUCAAAUACUUAAAGAAAAAUGAUGGAUGCUGUAAUCUAGUGUUUAGUCAUAAUACUUUGUGGAAUAGUGAACAAAUCUGGAAAUCUUUUAAUAAAUAUACAGUUGAACACAAUAUGGUUUUGUACUUGUAAAUACUAUUCUUGUGAUACAGCAUUUAACAAUGCGUGACUAAAUUCAAACUAAUUCCAGUUGGUUGUAAAAUUCAAACCGAACUUGUUUUACUAAUCACUUGUUGUUUUUAUGGAGUCAACAACAAAUAAUAAAAGGCAACUGUUUGUAAUUCAUCAUACUGAUUAUUAAAACAUGCUUUCAGAAAUGAUAAGUUUGUCUAGCUGAAAACAGUUGCCUGUUAGUUUUAUGUCUUAUUUCGAUAAGAAGAGUUGAUGUGUCUGUAAUCUUUGCCAUUUAUGGAAAUAACUAUAAGCUAUCGGUGUAAUAAACACUAUCUACCUUAUUGC